AUGCCUACUGAAGCUUCUAGCUCUAGAGACUCAUAUUAUUCGUCUUUAUUUGACGAAUACAUGGCUGCUUCACCACGUGAAUCAACAUGGAGUCAUACUACUAUUAAUUCUGUUAAAAAACGACCUUCGCUUAAUUUACAUCUUCGUGAUAUUAGCAUAAGCAGUUUAAAACGACAACCAUCAUUUGAUUGUCCUACUCCUGCAUUAUCUUCAUUUAAAAAUACUCCUAAUUAUUCAAAUCCGAUUAAUUCUGUAUUUCAUUAUACUAUUAACGGUGCUUUUUCUCCACCUCCACCUCCCAGUCCUUAUGUAUUUACUCAUUAUAAUAUUGAAGAACGUACAAAUGGUUUAAAUGUACCUAAUGAAUAUUUAAGAGAAAAUAAUAGAAGUAGGACACCAUCUCUAUCUGGAAGUAGUGUUAACGAAGAUCGAAAUAAUGUUCAUAGUGAUAAUAAUCGAGCGAAGCAUUCUUCGGCUAGUAGUGAUGAACAUGUACCAAUAGGUACUCCCCCUAAGCAUUCUAUUUCUCGUCAAAAUUCCUCCUCUAAUCUUCAUCCUGGUUCCGUAAAGGUGCAACGUGAUCCAUUUGAAAAUGAGAGAGAUCGAUAUGGUUUCAAAAGAUCUUAUCAAUGGAUAAGCAACAAAGAAUAUGUGGAUUUUGAAGCUUCUUAUUCACAUGUUUUACAGCGAAGAAAAAUUAAAUGGGAAGCAGUAUUAAAUGAAAAUGGAGGAAUGAUACCAAAUAAAUGUUCUAAAAUGAAGAGAUAUGUUCGUAAAGGAAUUCCACCAUCGCUUCGAGGAAGGGUAUGGUUCUUUUAUAGUGGUGCUGAAUCUAAAAUGAAAAGUCACUCGGAUCUUUACCAACAACUUGUACUGAAAGCUCAAGAUCCUCGAUUGGAAAAUGAAUAUUUCGAAGAAGAGAAGGCAUUUUGGAUGUUAGUGACUAUUAUUCACGAUUAUUUACCAGAGAAUAUGUAUGAUGUAACCAUGGAAGGUUCGAAUGUCGAUCAGGCCGUUCUCAUGUCACUUAUUAUGAGAAAGAUGCCUGAUAUUUGGAAUAAGAUGAAUGGUGGUGUCAAUUGUGAUAUAGAAAAAUCGGAUGGAAAUAUGCCAACAAUUACCCUAGUAACUAGUCAUUGGUUCUUAACUCUUUAUAUCAAUAUUUUACCAAUUGAGACAUUGCUUAGAGUUUGGGAUUGUUUCUUCUAUGAAGGUAACAAAAUACUUUUCCGUGUUGCGUUAGCAAUAUUUAAAUUGAAUGAAGAAAAGAUCUUGGCAGUAGAUGAUCCCAUGGAAGUAUUUCAGGUAGUUCAGAAUAUGCCCAAGAAAUUAAUUGAUUGUCAAAAACUGAUCGACGUAUGUUUCCGUCGUCGUGACUGUAUAUCUGAAAUAUCUCAAAAGGAUAUUGAUCGACGCCGAGAACAUUUCCGUGAACGACGGAAAAAGCGG